UUCGUAAGCGUAGAUCCUCGCCCGUAGUCUCUCGACAGUCGGCAAGGAACGAGCACGACAUUCGACCUCUCGAAAGGCCUCCAUCGAGCGUCUCCUUCCUCUUCCGCCUCGAGUCUCCCGAAACCAGAAAAAGAAAGAGUACAUCGCCAUGGCCACUAUCACGAGGUUGACCAUCGUCAAGUUCCUCGAGUUGCUGAUAGUGUGCAUCCUUAUCGGACUGCACUACAACUCGUUCAAUGCAGGCAGCAAUCACACGGCGAUGAUCACCAUGGGGACCUUCGGAGGAUACCUUAUCAUCCUGGUGGGCCUCUUCGCCGGCAGCGUCAUGGGAACCCCCGUAAACCGCCGAGUGGACCUCUUCUUCAGCCUUAUCGGCUGCGUGCUCUUCAUCGUCGCGGGUGCCUUGAACAUCGAGUUCUUCCAGAAGGUCAACUACAACUCGUCCUUCCGCGACACGGGCCUAGCCAAGGGGUCCAUCAGCAUCAUCGAGGGGAUCCUCUUCCUGGUGGACGCCUUCCUGACCUUCCGAGGGGACGCCUAAGCCCUGAUAACAAAGGAAUCCUGGGUAUAGAGAUAGGGACUGCUCGAUUGAUAACGCUCGAUCGCGUCGCGAUUACGGAGGUGCAAAGAGGGCGAAACCAUGAAGAGAGGGAGAUAAAAGAAAGAGAAAGAGAGAGAGAAAGAGAGACACACAUUCCGGAGUACGAGGCGAGACGAUAGGAGAAUAGAUCGAUAAGACGAGGAGCCCGAUAAGAACCCGAAGGAAGAACUGAAAAAAAAAAUAGAACAAAAAUAGAACCGAAGACCCUGGGUCGUCGAUUUUCGCGACGAUCUUAACAAUUGUCCGAAAAGAUAAUUAGAAGGGAAA